CCCAAUAUGAUACCGGAUGUUUUGCGUCACCAACACGGACGUUGCCAUCUUGACAUAGUAGGCACGAGUGUCGCUAUUCCUUGUCUUACUACUCCGAGUUUCUCCCUUAAAGAGAAAAAUACUUUUUCAUCAUGGCUAUGCAAGCAGCAAAACGUGCUAACAUACGACUCCCUCCAGAGGUCAACAGAAUCCUUUACAUCAGGAACCUUCCCUACAAGAUUACAGCGGAGGAAAUGUAUGAUAUCUUUGGAAAGUACGGACCAAUACGUCAAAUCAGAACAGGAAACACACCUGAAACAAGAGGAACAGCCUAUGUGGUUUAUGAGGAUAUUUUUGAUGCUAAAAACGCUUGUGAUCACUUGUCAGGCUUCAACGUUUGCAACCGCUACCUGGUGGUUCUCUAUUACAACGCAAACAGGGCAUUCCAGAAAAUGGACACAAAAAAGAAAGAGGAACAAUUAAAGCUCCUAAAAGAGAAAUAUGGCAUCAACACAGAUCCCCCAAAGUAGCAUUCAACAAACAUCUUUAAUCUUUUUGUUUUAGUCUCAAGAUUUUUUUUUCCAUUUGUACCAGUCAAGUACUUCCGCAGUUCAUCAUCAAAGACAUCUUUUUAAAUGUUUUGUGUUAAAUAUGAGAUUUUUUUUUUAUUAAAUAUGUGCACAAUUUUUCAAAUUAAAGUCCAGGAAUGGUAUUUUGCUUAAUUAAUUCAUUCAUUUCUUUUUUUGGGUGGGAGGGGGCUGCAAUACUACCAUUUGACCUUAUUGUUUCUUCUACUUUUUCCAAGUCUUUGACCUUAAAAAAACGCUUGAUUGGAAUUUUUUUGUCUGUAAAAUACAUUUUCUUUCUCUGAA